AAAAUCUUUAAAAUGAUGCAUUAUGAUUUUCGACCUAACUUACUGGAUCAUGGAAGAAUAUUGAUUUUAGUUCGGCCAUUUUUUAAUACCUCUGAUCAAGAUUUUAGUUUUAUUUUGCAAAAACUUUCAAAUAUCAGUCAUGCUGAAAUUCAGGGAACAAAUAGAAGGAUUUUGUUAAAGUUUACAAAAGGUUAUAGCCAAGAUGCACUUGAAUGGGGCUGUCUUCAAACACAUCGACGUCCUUUUGGUUUUAUUGGUGUGGCAAAGUUAUCAGUAGAUACCUCACACCAUGGCAAAGAUUAUGAGAUAAUAGUUCAUCGUUUUUCGAAUUUAAUAAGUCAAUAUAGUUCUCAUCUUUAUGAUUCAAGAUGUAUAAUAAUAGGACCAGAAGAACCUACAAUCAUAAUUGGAAACAAAAAUAUUUUAUAUUUAUCUAUGGACAAUGAAAAAGAUAAUUCAGAGUUUUUGCAUUUUGUAAGUACCUUUGUUUCAUCACUUCACGUCAUUCUUGAGUCAAAGCGCAUCGAUAAAAUUAAUGAAAGUCCUGAAAGAAUGUUAAUGCCACUUACAGCCAAUGAUAAAGACCAAAAUGGAUCUGAUUCAGAUACUAGAAUUGUCAAAAGAAAAUGCAUUGGACGUAAUAAAAAGAUACUUGCAGAUUUAUGUUUUCUUGCAGGAUAUUAUCAAGAUUCAUUAUUGUAUUAUCAACAGUCAGUUGACUUGUUGCAGAAUGCAAAUGAUUUUUUAUGGGUUGGAAGUGCAUUAGAAGGGCUUUGUGCUGUUUCGUCUACUAUCGGCAUAGGUAGUGAUAUAAAGAAACUGAACCAACAGGAGUUAGUUAUAGAUAAUUCAAAUAUAAAUGUUAAUGGUGAUUGCAUUACCUUUAGUAAAGUAUUAUCCUGCAUACAUCUAUCUGAUGAUGAGAUAAUCAUAAAGUACAAUGAGUGUCUUCGUCACUAUAGGCGGUAUGUAACUGGACCCAUCGAAAUCGAAGCACAUUUUAAAUUUAUAAGAUUUUUGAUAAAACUAAAGAAGAAGCUUGAGAUUUCACAAACUGUUCAAAGCCUUCUUAAUCUUCCAAUAACUUUUAAUGAUGCUGAAAAGAUUGAAAUUACCAGUGUUCUGGCAUCAAUUUAUGAACAAAUUGGUUUAAUGCGUAAGUCAGCAUUUUACAGACACAGAGCAGCUCUUCAAUAUAAAAACACUAAUUCUUCAAAAAAUUCUUUUUCACAGGCAUUAAUUUUACUAAAGAAAAUAUGCCCAGCAUAUCAAAUAGAUAUAGAACAUUCAUGUGAUUCUAGAGAUAUUCAAAAAGGAUGGCCUGCAAUACAGUUAAAAGUUCUUAUGGACAUGCUUUCUCUUUCAAGAAGUUUAGGAAAUAAAUUAGAUAGUGUAAAAUUAAUAUGCCACAUUUUGGAAGAACAUAUUAAAGAUAUCGAUUUAGAUAUACAAAGAGAUUUGAUUGAUUGGCUGGAGGAGUAUUCUGACGGAAAGGAACCAUUACACAAUGAGAUCGAUUCUGAGCUUGAAAUAAAACUAAUCAAACCACUUCCAAUAAUAAAAGAUUUUCAUCCAAAAAAGUUACCUUACCAUUUGGAGCCAUUUAAAUCUAACAAUAUUAAAAGAACAGAUAAUCCUUUUAUAUUUUCCUCACUUUCUACCAAAAAGCCAAAAGAUAAAAAAGAUGUUGUUUGGGUUUGUGGUGAUGUUUCAGAAGUAGUGAUGUUUGUUGAGAAUCCUUUGCCAGCUGAAAUUAAAGUGAAUAACAUGACUCUUAUCACUGAUGGUAUUCCUUUUGAAGCUCAUCCUGCAACAUUAGCUUUGCCAGCAGAAUCAGGAUUUAUACCAUUUAUGUUACUUGGAACUCCAAAAGAAGCUGGAACUCUUGUUAUUAAAGGUUAUAAAGUUGCAGUUCUCGGUAUCACCAACACUAUUUAUUUACCGACUCAAAUAAUUGUAGAAGUUACACCUCCAAUGCCUGCACUUAGGUUAAGUAGCACUUUCCCUCGAGCUCCAAGCGCCAGUAUGUUAGAUCCUGAAGACAAAAACUAUAGAACUUUGUUUAAUUCUGUCAACGUUUAUCAAGGUCAUAGUUGCAAUGGAAAGUUAACUUUAGAAAAUACUGGAAAAGUGGCCAUCACAAAACUGAGUUUUGAAGAGAAAAAUGAAGAUUGUCAAAUUUUGUUUAAUGAAGAGCAAGUGUUAUCUCAACUCCCACUUCUUCCUCAUCAAUCUUUAAUUUUGGAUGUUGAACUCAUGCCAGCAAAAUCUUGGAAGUUUUGUAAUAACAAAGAUAAGAUUGAAACGUUAUUAUCUAUAACAUAUUCAUGUGAAGAGGCAGUUUCAAUGGGUUAUACUAGAAAAAUUAUGUGGAAUACGAUAAUUAAAGUGAUGCCUUCACUUGUCUUAUAUGACUUUGCUGUAAAUGAAAUUGAAAGGCAUCCAACAUGCUCAUUGAUAUGCUUCAAUGCAAUUAAUAUGACUUCAAUAACAAUGGAUCUAGAGUGCAACUCAAAAAUUCAAAAUGCUGAAUUUGACAUUCCUAAAUGUUGUCAAAAAUCUAUAGUGCAAGUGUUAGAGCCGAAGAAGAGUAUAAGUAUUCAAAUCCAUCAUCCUCGAAUUAAUCUUCCGCCUUCCGAAUUCAUAAUGGAGACUAUAGAGUGUGUUUAUCAAAAGUUUGUAGCUGAAUCUAUUUGGUUGAAUUGGCGACUAUCAGGAACUAACUAUGAUGGUGUAACAUAUCUACAAGGCUUCAAGGUGACUUCAGACAUAGUAAACAAAUUAAAACCCACUCCAAUAAAUAUGGUUAUAAAUAUAAAUGAUAAAUUAUUGCACGAAGAAGAUGUUGUCUGUUCAACCGUUGGAGAAUUGGUUAAAAUGACAAUAGACGUAAAAAACUCUCAUGGGAAUGAGGUAGGAAACCUGGUACUCCAGAUUAAAACUUAUCAAGGAUGUCAAAGAACUCCAGAGUAUAUGAAAAAGUUGUAUGUACCAUUUGGUUCUCUCUCUAAAAGCAUAAAAAAGAUAGCUGUUGGUGAAAAUUUUAUCCAUCAGUGUGGGUUCUUGUUUCUUUACAAAGGAGACUAUAUGGUAGAUGUAUUAUGUAGUGUUAGCAAACUGUUUGGAAUGCCUACAAUGAACGAUCAUAGACUAAAUAUUGAACAGCUAAAUGUGAGACCAUCUUUAAGUUCUAACUUAAUGAACACUAAAUUAAAAUCUAAAGAAGCAGACGUUUGGGCUCAAACAUUUUGUAUAAAAGUUCAAUAAUUGAUUCUAUAAAUAAAACACUUAAAAUUA